AGAGGAUGGGACGUCAACUUCACUUCCUUUCCCACCCCUCCCAGCCUUUUGGCCCCGCGCCCCCCUGGGUCCAAAGGUGAGAGGAGGAGCAUAAAAACCCCAGAGCCUCAGAAGCUCCAGCUUUCACCAGGGACUCUUUCCAUCCUUGGCUUGGCUGCAGGAUGAAGCCCCUGGCUGCCCUGAGGAUCCAGGCUCUCUUUUGCUUCUGUGUCUGCCUCUCCGCCGCAUCCUUAGAAGAGGAAAAGGACCCAGAAUAUUGGAACAUGAAAGCCAAGCAGACCCUGGAAUCAGCACUCAAGUUGACACCCAUGAACCACCGAGCAAAGAACGUCAUUCUCUUCCUAGGAGACGGCAUGGGGGUGCCCACCAUCACAGCCGCCCGAAUCUACAAGGGCCAGCUGGCAGGAGGCUCCGGGGAAGAGAGCGUGCUGGCGAUGGAGAGAUUCCCCUAUGUUGCCUUGUCCAAGACGUACAAUGUGGACCGGCAGGUGCCUGACAGUGCCGGAACCGCCACUGCCUACCUGUGCGGUGUGAAGGCCAAUGCUAAAACCCUGGGCCUGAGUGCCCGUGCCACCUUGGGCCAGUGCAACACCACCUUUGGCAACGAAGUCCACUCUGUGCUGCAUCGGGCAACAUUGUCAGGGAAGUCUGUGGGGAUUGUGACCACCACCCGUGUGCAGCAUGCCUCUCCAGCUGCCGCCUAUGCCCAUUCGGCCAGCCGCGAGUGGUACGGCGACGUCAACAUGUCGAAGGAGGCCGCCAGCCACGGCUGCAAGGACAUCGCCUAUCAGCUGGUGCACAACACAGACAUCAACGUGAUUCUCGGAGGAGGGCGGAAAUUCAUGAUGCCUCGGAACAUGAGCGACCCAGAGCAUCCAAAACAGAAUGGGACCAGGAAGGAUGGCCUGAACCUCAUUGAAAUGUGGUUGAGCAAAAGGAUGGGAGCUCAGUAUGUCUGGAAUAAAACAGGCCUGGCCUCCAUCAAUGAAAACUCUACGAACCAUCUUAUGGGCCUCUUUGAGCCGCACGACAUGGCGUACGAGCUGGAUCGCGACAACAACACGGACCCCUCCAUUGUGGAGAUGACGGAGAAGGCCAUACGGAUCCUGCGCAGGAACCCCAACGGCUUCUUCCUCUUUGUGGAAGGAGGCAGGAUUGACCACGGGCAUCACAAGGGCAGAGCCAAGCUAGCCCUGAGCGAGACUGUGAUGAUGGACCGGGCCGUGGAGAGAGCCGUGGAGCUGACCAGCGCCUCAGAGACUCUCAUGGUGGUCACAGCUGACCACUCGCACGUCUUCACCUUAGGGGGCAACACACCACGGGGCAACAACAUCUUUGGCAUGGCACCCAAGCAAGCGAAAGACAAGCGGGCAUUCACCAGUAUCCUCUAUGGGAACGGACCUGGGUACAAGCUCAGGAAUGGCAGCCGCCCAGAUGUCAGCUCCGAGGCUAUCGAGGACAAGGACUACCGGCAGCAGGCAGCUGUGCCCCUGGACGUCGAGACCCACGGCGGAGAGGACGUUGCCAUCAUGGCGCAGGGACCCAUGGCCCAUCUCUUCCACGGCAUCCAGGAGCAGAACUACAUUGCCCAUGUCCUGGCCUACGCAGGCUGCAUCAAGCCGUACGACAGGCACCCCGAGUGCCCUGAGCAGGUCCGGACUGAAGGCUUUGAAUCACGUAGCCUGGGUGUCUCAUGUCACUUCUCCUCGCUCCCCCUCUUUGCACUCUGGGCGUGCCUGUUCUUUCUGAUGAUGCGACACUGAAAGACACACACACACUACUGGAAAGCUCGUUUUCAAAAGACCUCUCUGGGCAUCACCUGGGAGGUUGCUAGAAUAUCCUUGGCUUCCCUGGACAUUCCCAAAAGGACAUCAGUCUUGUUUGUUCAUUUGUUUGGCUUCAUUGCAUACAACUGUAUAUUAAAGGAUGAUGAUUCUCUCCUUAGCCUCAGCUUUCAAAGAAUAAACCGUGAUGUUGUUUUCUUUAUACCUGU